AUGACGCUGGUGCUGCCACCGUCUCCCCAUGCGAGGGGCUGGGGACGGUGGGGCUUUGCAGCAGUGCGGGGGGCUUGGCUCUCCCCAGGGCCCAUGGAGGAGUCAGACGAGGAUGGGGAGGACAACGAGGAGUUCCUGGAGCGGCUGAUGGCGCAGACGGGCCGGGAGAUGCCGCAACGGGAGCUGGAGGAGCACUACGCUGUGCUGGAGGAGCUGGGCAGUGGGACCUAUGGCCGCGUGGUGCUGACGGAGCCCCACGAUGGUGGCUCACCGGUGGUCCUCAAGCUGAUGUUGAAGGAGAAGACGGAGCGGCGGGCGUUCCUGCGGGAGUAUUGCAUUGCCCUGUGCCUCUCCAGCCACACCGCCUGCCUGCGUGCCCUGCCCGUCGCCUUCGAGAGUGCCACGCACUUCGCUUUCGGGCAGGAGCUCGCUCCUGCUGGGGAUCUGUGUGCCCUCCUCAACCCGGGGGAGGGCCUGGCAGAGGAGCUGGUGAAGCGCUGCGCGUCUCAGCUGGCCGAGGCGCUGGACUUCAUGCACAGCCGGGCCCUGGUGCACCGGGAUGUCAAGCUGGACAACGUGCUGCUCUUCGACCACGAGUGCCGGCGGGUGAAGCUGGGAGACUUCGGGCUCACCCGCGUGCAGGGCUCGGCAGUGGGUGCCAUGUCCGGCACCCUGCCCUACGCCCCACCAGAGCUCUGCCUGCUCCAGGGCUCCGACACACUGGAGCUGGACUCCAGCCUGGACGUCUGGGCCUUCGCCGUCCUGCUCUUCUGCCUCUGCACCGGCUGCUUCCCCUGGGCCGUGGCUGCCAGCUCUGACCCCCAGUUUGAGGACUUCAGCGCCUGGCAGGGUGGUGCGGCGGGGCGGGGGGUGCCAGCGUCCUGGCGAGGCUUCAGCUCUGGGGCACUGGAGAUGCUCCGGCGCCUGCUGACACUGGACCCCGACCGCCGAAGCCCAGCCAUCGAGGUGCAGAAAUACCUGUCCCUGCCCUGGGUGAUGGCUCCCAGCACCGGGGAGCCGGCACCGAGCAGCUCCCAGUCCCCCCUUACCAGUGGCACGGGGGAGAGCCCAGGGGACACGGGGCGACAGGAUGCUGCUGGUGGGGGAGACGGGGUUCCCAUGCCCCCCGCUAAUGCACUGGCCCCGUGCCGGUAGCCAGUACCUCCCCUCCAUCCCGGGGCUUGUAUCGCAGCGGGUGCUCCCCAGGGAUCCAGGCUCCCUGUCCGAUGCCCGAGGCUUGCAGGGCUGGAAAUGGGUGGCAAGAGUGGGAAGGAGAAGCAAUGGCUCAGGCAGCACCUGGAGACCCCAGCCCUGCAGCUGGAUGCCUGGCACCUUGCAAACCCAUGUCACUUGGCGGUGGUGACAACAGU